UAAAUAUGUCAGUUAAUCAGUGAAUCUUCAUUGAAGCCAGGUGAGUGCCAACGGAUUGCCAUCAGACAUUCACACAUUUGUGUGCGUGCGUGCGUGUGUGUGUGUGGCACACUUUUAGUUAAUUAAUUGAAGUGCCACUGAUGUUGACCCCAAAUGCCUGGUUAGUCGCUUAGUUGAGGCCAACAUGGCAACGAAACUGCGAGUGCUGCUCAGCAUAUGCUACUACCAAUUGCUCCUCUAUGGACUGAUGCCGACAACGCUGCAGCUGAACAAAUGCCGCCUAACCAUCAACAAAGUAUCUGGCGGCUAUCUGGUCUAUAGCGGCGCUUUGGACCUGCUGCUGACAUUGGGCCUGCCGUUAAUGCUGCCUCGUGGCAUCUUUAGCGGCGGCUAUAUGCGCAACAAUAUUGUGCUGCAAUGGGGACUGAUGGUCAGCGUGUCGCUGCGUGCGCUGGUGCUGCUCAAUUGCCUGGGCAUGGUUUGGUGGCAGCGCCGCAAGCUGCUUCAGCUGCUCGCUAAUUGCCUAAAACACUGGCAACGCCAGCGGCGCUUGUUGCGGCGUGUGGCAGGCAAGCGUGCCUUACAACGCUUGCAGAGCCAACUGGCGAACAUGCUGCUGCAUCAGCUAUGCAUCAACUAUGCGAUGUUGCUGUGCUCCAUGUUCAUGCAGUAUCAAUUGCUGCAAGCUCCGCGCCUGUUCCAGCUGCUGCUGCGCAGCUCUCACAUGCUGCUGCAAUCUGUGGCCAAAAUCGGUUUCAUUACAAUGCUGCUGCUGCUUAGCCAUCAGUUCGAGGCAGUGCAGCUGGCGCUGCAAGCGCUGCAGCGACGCAGUCGUGGCCACGCACGCACGCUGGAGGAUCUGCGCCGCAUCAUAGCUGUGCACAUGGAGUGCUUGCAGUUAACGCGUCACGCCUUUGGCACUUACAGCUUGGCUCAUGGCACUCUUAUCCUCAAUAUGUUUUCCGCUACUUUGACCAUUAUUUAUCACGCUGUGCAGUAUACGAAUCAGUCUAUAAGCUCCAAUAACUGGGACAUUUUAUUUGGCGACUUGCUGGUCAGCUUCAACAUUUGGAAUGUUGUCAUGAUGAUGAACAUUCUCGACUAUGCGCUCAACUCUUGCAACAAUACGGGCCAGCUGCUGCAACAGUUUAACGAGCUGCGUCGCCUCAGCGCAGAGUCAGAACUGCAGCUUGAGCUCUUCGUCAACUAUUUGCGCAACAAUCGUCUAGACUAUAAAGUAUUUAAUUGUGUGGCAUUGGAUAAACCCGCUAUGCUGGGCUUUAUGGCAAGCGUUCUGAGCAAUCUGCUCAUUCUCAUGCAAUUUGAUGUGAAGCGCAGACAAGAGCAGGGAUUGCAAGCCAGCAAUUUAUUUGGUCAUUUAAAUGCCAAGGGCUCGAAAGUCCCGUAA